AUGGAAGUAUUGGCGGUGGUGCAGAGCUACUCAGCAGAGCGUGUUGGUGCUGAGCUUCUCGCAACCAAGUCUGAGCUGGAAGCGGAACGCCGCAAGGCGGUGUCGCUAGAGUUCGAGCUGGCAGGCGAGAAGAGACAGCUGGAGUUGGGAAAUGCCCCUAGAAGAGAGGAUGAGAAAUUAAAUGAAUUGCAAGGAAAAUCAGAUUCCACGUCGUUGGGAUUGUAUAUCCAAACAAACUGCUCCCUCCUCACGCCCAGCCUUAUCGACUUAACCAACAAGACACAGAUAGAGAAGAAGAAGAAGAAGAAGAAGAAGACAAUGUCAAUAGCUUCCUCCACUGCUUCUUCUGGCGUCCAAUUCACCACUCUCGAAUCAGCCAUUGCCAAGAAAGACAGUGAUGCUGUCAAAGAGGCACUUGAUCAGCUGAGUGAAGUUGGUUGGGCAAACAAAUGGAGUUCUCAACCAUAUGUAUCAUGUCGUAUGACCUCUCUUCGGGAGCUGACAACUCUUGGAAUUAAAAACGCAGAGAACCUGGCAAUCCCAAGUGUUAGAAAUGAUGCAGCUUUUCUCUUUACGGUGGUAGGGACAACAGGCUUUUUGGGUGUUCUUGCCGGUCAGCUUCCUGGGGAUUGGGGCUUCUUUGUGCCAUACUUGAUUGAGAGCAUUUCUUUAGUAGUUUUGGCUGUGGGAAGCAUUCCACCUGGGCUUCUUCAAGCUGCCAUUGGUGGAUUUUCAUCACUUUUUCCUGAUUACCAGGAUAGGAUUGCUAGACAUGAAGCAGCUCAUUUCUUAGUUGCCUACUUGCUUGGCCUUCCAAUACUCGGAUAUUCUUUGGAUAUUGGGAAAGAGCAUGUUAAUCUCAUUGACAAAAAGCUGGAAAAGCUCAUAUACAGUGGGCAGCUUGAUGCAAAGGAACUGGACAGGUUGGCAGUUGUAGCUGUGGCUGGACUGGCAGCUGAAGGUUUGCAAUAUGAUAAAGUGGUCGGUCAAUCUGCUGAUCUUUUCACUCUUCAGAGGUUGAUAAACAGGAGCAAGCCGCAGCUUAGCAAAGAACAGCAGCAAAAUCUUACCAGAUGGGCUGUUUUGUUUGCUGGAUCCCUUUUAAAAAAUAACAAGGUAAUUCAUGAGUCCCUAAUGUCGGCAAUGUCGAAGAAGGCAACUGUGUUAGAGUGCAUUGAAGCAAUUGAGAAGGCUUCAUAAUGAUUAAAGCAUACCGGCAGUUGUAAUAUUAUUCCAAGAAUAAGGGCACUUUAGUAUGUUUAGUUGCUUGUUUCCUAAUUAGAUUUUAGGUCUUGGUAUAUAUACUUAGUGAUGUAAUUGUUUGCUCUGAUUUGAAUUGUGUCUGAAGAUAAAUUGGAAGCCAUUAGCAUUCAUAUGAAUGGAGAAAAUUAUUCGUAUUUGUCCAAUGUGUUCAAGAACUUUAUCCUUGGAAAGGACCGAUGGGGCUAUCUGACUGGCUCAACGUGUAGACCCACAUAUUCUAAGGCCAAGGGUUAUCACGUGGUUGUUUACACAUGGUAAAGGGAUUAUGGCCAAGUCCUCAGAUGGUUGCAUAAUUUUGUUGAACGAAACAUAAGUAUGAUUUUUUCUAAAUAUGACAGUGUCACCGAAGU